CCGCAAACAAACUCUUACCCCUCGCGCGGCUUUCCUAAUCUUCUCUCCCUCAUUCCUAACCAAUACCUCACUCUUCAGCUACCCCUGGUCCUCUCUUGCUCAAACCAUGGCGACGGCGACGACAUUCUCCAUUAUACCAUCGCCCACCACAUCUCGCCUCACUCUCCGUCGCCGCUCCAUCCGCUGCCUCUCGUCCCCUGCUCCGACCCCGCCGGCGACCGUACUAUCGCAAGAUGACCUCAAGAAACUUUCAGCCGUGAAGGCCGUUGAAUACGUUAAGAGCGGUAUGGUGCUAGGCCUCGGCACGGGAUCCACUGCGGCCUUCGUCGUUUCCGAGAUCAGUGACCUUUUAUCCUCUGGGAAACUCAGCGACAUCAUCGGCGUUCCAACGUCGAAGCGCACAUUUGAGCAGGCCAAGUCGUUGGGCAUACCGUUGUCAACCCUUGCUGAGCACCCACGGUUGGAUCUCGCCAUAGAUGGAGCGGAUGAGGUGGAUCCAGAUCUUAAUCUUGUGAAGGGACGAGGCGGAGCUCUCCUUCGUGAGAAGAUGGUUGAAGCUGCUUCUGACAAAUUUAUUGUCGUCGUCGAUGAGACAAAACUCGUGACUGGCUUGGGCGGCAGCGGGUUGGCGAUGCCGGUGGAGGUGGUGCAGUUCUGCUGGCAAUAUAAUCUAACCAGGUUGCAGGAAUUGUUCAAGAAAGAAGGAUGUGAGGCAAAGCUCAGAUUGGAUCCAGAUGGAAAACCUUAUGUUACAGACAACUCAAACUAUAUCGUCGAUUUGUACUUCAAAACUCCAAUUGUGGAUGCAAAUGCUGCAGGAAAGGAGAUCUCAGCAUUGGAAGGAGUAGUUGAACAUGGGUUGUUUUUAGAUAUGGCUGCUGCAGUUAUUAUUGCUGGAAAAGAAGGGAUUAACAUCAAAACCAAAUGAGCACUCUGUUACUACUAAUAUGAGAGUGAAAAAUCCCAAAUUGAGCUUCAAUUUCCUUGUGAUUAUUCUCUAAAUAUGUAAUUCAUUGUGGUAUUUGUGACUUAUUUGGCUUUAUAGAUGAGAUACAUGUUUCCUGAUAAUGAGGGGUGAAUUCCUUUUCCUGGGAUUUUUUU